GUGCUCGUACCCCCUAAGGGAGUCUGAGGUCGUACAGGCCCUCCUGGCGCAAGAGCAUCGCGCAGAGCCGGUUCCGCCGGACUAGCUACCCUGGAGCAACCUCCAACGGGCUCGCUCACCCAGCACCGCUUUGCUAAUGUAAUUACAUAUUCCUUACCUACAGAUAACAGGGAACAAGUUCCGCGCCUUACGUCCAACAGGAAGACCUGACCGUUAGGGCCUAAAUGCCAUGGCGCUAGAAACUUGCCUUCUUCGCUGAAUUAAAGCCGAAUUCUUUUAGGUAGAUCGUAACCCAUAUUGAUAGCACUAUUCAAUUGCUCUAGGGACUUAAACCUGAAGUCCGCGUCGUCAUGACAGAGUCGGACGAGGAGCUCAGCCCGCUCAGCAGCGAAGGCGAUCUUUUGUCCUGGUCUUCUGGAGACGAGGACAAUGAUCACUCCAAUGGGCUGGAUGGCGAUGUUGAAGGAGCAGACCAGACCGAAGGCGAUGGCGCGGAUGAAGACGGCAACGAUGGCGACGCGUUACCAAUCGGCAGCAGUGCUGCGAUUGGUCUCACCAACAUGCAACCGCCCGAGGCGUACCUAGAGGGCGCACAACCGCUACACGCACAAGCGACCGGAGCAGGCGCCUUGCCCAUCCUUCUCCCUUCGCUGCAGUCGCCAGUGUUGCGGCGGGGAAAGGUCGUGCUGAACAUCCACGAGAACCGACAGGCCAAGAUGCUACACAGCUCACCAGGAAAGUCACGUGCGGCCCUUGCGUAUGAUGGCGGGCGCUACGUAGGCGGCACUAUGGUCAAGCUGAGCAAGCUCCGCGUCUGUCCCAUUGGCGGUCAGCAGGACCUGCGUCGCGGCCUUCUCUCGGGGGCUAGCGUGGGUCGCCAAGCAGUAUUGGUCAUUGGGGGCACCAACACCGGGCGCGUCGGUGUUGUUGACGCUGGGUACAUGGGGGGGCCGAAGCCCAAGGUUCGAUUUGUCGGCCCAGAUGGGCGAGAAGAUGGGAUGCUCAACAUCGAGGCUGCCAAGCUACACGCUGUAGCUGAUGCAGACCUCUCCACCCGCGCCUUCUUGCCGCCUCAGCGGGAUGCCCUUCGGCCGUUCGUCGUGUCCAGUACGCAGUCCCAAGGCCCCAGCACGGUGCAGUGGUCUAUGCCAGAGAAGGAGAUGGGUUCCGGUGGGGCUGCCGGCGAUCCAUUGCUCGUCGGCGGCGUGCCACAACAAGCAGCGGCAGCAUCGUCCUCCAAAAAGGUGUACCGUGUGCCACGCUCUCAGCUGGAAAGCUUCCUUCUGUGGCUCCAGGUGGAGCAACGCGUGGACUAUUCACUACAGCGCCUCACACAGGGCGGCAGCGGUAAAGCGCUGGCGUACAUGUUCAGUGGCAAGCCGUACCCACCACCACUACCC